GAGAAAUCCAUAUAGAAAGAAUUUGAUUUGAUACUUGUCAGCUGUGGGUCGUAAUCCUAACAGAAAUACUGGGAGGAGACCAGCAAGAGACUCCAGAUCAGUUGAUUUUUGGCAUAUACAAUGCUACAGUUCCUAAGCCUACGGGGUACAAAAGCCAACUCUCUCCUACUCCCGCCAAUCAAAAUGGAUUGUUCUGAAGCUGGAUUGCUUGUGUGAUAAAAGUGUAGGAAGCUGACGGCUGCAGAGUAAUGCAGAAAUAGCAUGAGAGAGAGAGAAGACAAGAAUCAAGUAGCAGAGGAGAUCAUCAACAGCAUUAACGGAGACGUCUGUAACCUCAGCAGCUGUGUUGAUGCUGCUUUCCGUAAUAGGCAUCAGCCUUCUAUCCCUGGGGAGAUUUUACAGCAUUCAUUUGCUCUGCACGAUUGCAGCCAGCAAGGCUUCCCUUCAGCAGCAGCCUUUCCCGACCCUCCACCUCCCUCUGCUACAGCGAGAGUGAGAGGCCCAGUAGGAAUCGUACCUCUCCAGCUGAUCUUCCUUUGCUCUCUUGGCCCAAUGUCUCCUGUGCCCAAUGAAGCAGAUCCCGAAGUGCCCCGAAUGGACCCAAGGAUUCUGAUUUUCCUUCUCUAUGUGGUGAUCCUCCAUGAGUUGGUCAGUGGCUGGAUGGAGUAUCAGAAGCAGGUAACCAAACCUAAGAAGCAAGUGGGUCCAGUUUGGUCCUCUAGCUUCACACGAUCAAACCACUCUGGCUCCUCCAGGCGUUUGCUGCACUCGGCGCGGAGAGAGCGGUACCGGGAUUGGCGGAAAGCGGGGCGAAUCAUCAGGAAGGCAUGAGGAUGCCUCGUGGGUCCUUUCUGAAGCUUGGCAUGGGAUGCUCACUGAUCCUGAGACACACAAUCCCUUGUGAAGUCUGCACUGUGAGGGCCACCUACUUGUCAUCUUGCAGUAGCCAGUGUGAAAGCAUCCAGGUACCACAGUCUGCAUCUCUGCCUGACACGUCUCUUCCUGAGACUGACCAAGCUUUUAUUGCGCCGAGAUUGCUGAGUCGGGCACAGCUGAAGAGGCAAGAAUAAGUUUCAUCCAGGGAUCAAGGUGCUGUUCCUCAGUGAGGACACACCCGGACGAGACCCAUCACAGCCACUGGGUGAGAUCAGCCAGGGGUGGGGUGACGUUUAUUUUUGUCACGCUGCAAAGAGAAGAAUGAGCUCAUCCACGUAUUUCAGAAACAUCCAUUAUUGUAGCUUUUCGGGGUGACUCUUCUUUUUCUUUCCUAGGGCAAGUGGGUUGCACUUAACUCCUACAGAGUGAAAUUCACCCCUCUGUGGAGGGCCACACGCUAUUUCAGUCCCACUGAAAUUCUAAUUUGAGGACUUAAAUGAUGGACAGGCAAAAUUUUCAACAGUCAUUGCUGAUUUUUGGGUACCUAACCUGGGACACUUUAUAGGGGCCCGAUUCCCAGGAACUCCUGAGCACCCACCUUCUAAAAGUUAGUCUCCUUUACGGUGUCUCAAUUUGGGCAUCUAAAAAUCGCAGCACUCAGAAUUAAUCACUUGUGAACUGUUGGCCCUCUGCACAGGAAUGACUCUCACUCACAGGGAGAAAAGAACUGUCUCUUUCUUACACCCACCACGCUGAAAUGCAUCUGAGACAUAGAGAUCCAUCUCACUGCAUGGCAUAGCACCACAUUAGGAAUUAGUCCGCCUGCUAAAAUCUAUUCAUAACAUCUCCCAACCAGCGUAGUUCGGCUGGAUCUGAGCAGCAGUGCCUAAUGUAACAGCAGCGUUUGAAUGAACAGAUAGAUGGUGCUGAAAGAUAGUGUUUCUCUUAGUAGAGUCUUUAUUUGAAGCAUUGACAUUAUGGUGUAGGGAAAAGUCUCAGUUUUCACCUCCUGCAGUCACAUGUAGCCGAGUCAAAUUAAGAAUGGAAGAGGAUCUGUUACUAUUGGACGGACUCUUGUAAUAAGCUUCACAUGUCCUCUAAAAAUGAAUGGUGUCCUUUGUAGGUAGAACUGGCUGCCUUAUUUGUUGAACAGAACAGUCAGCAUGAAUGUAGCUUUUUUUCUGUGUGCGCCUCUUCCGCUCUCUGAUUCCUUCUCAUGGAUUCACUAUAUGGAAGGCUUCACCGAAUGUUUUUCAACGUUUGUGGUGUUGAUUGUUUUCAAAUUGUUCGCUUUGACUAUCAUGGUGUGUGACUGACCCCUUAAGUCACAUGGGGUUGUGUCUGCUCCCUGACUGGGUGAUUUCAAUUUUUUAACUUAGAGAAUCCAAACAAUAAGUAGCAAAUAACUCACUUUCUGGUACUGAAUUUCAGUGAAUAACCAGUCUUGCCAAAAUCUGUGGCACUGUAGCGAGGCGACGACUCACCGGCGCGGCGCCUCCUGCUGGUUGUCCUGGGAAUUAGCUCUUCCAGCCCGGAGCGCCCUCUGCAGGCCGGUGUCUCUCCUGCCGCUGGCCCCCGUGCCCCUCCCAGACCCCGGUGCC